AUGAAAAAGAGCUGGAAACGGAGGAUAGCUUAUGGGAUAUGUACGAGAGGUGGAGGAGCCACCACAAGGUGGCGGCAAGCCACCAAGAGAAACAGAGAAGACAUGACUAAUCACGAGUUCAAGAGCAAGUUCGCGGGUUCAAAAAUUAAGCAUCACAGGAUGUUGCAAGGGGAUCGAAUUGGUAACAAGACCUUCAUGUAUGCUAAUGUCGAUUCUGUCCCUACUUCGGUUGAUUGGAGACAGAAAGGAGCUGUCACUCCUGUCAAGGAUCAAGGGCAAUGCGGAAGUUGUUGGGCGUUUUCAACCGUUGUGGCAGUUGAAGGAAUAAAUUACAUCAAAACAAAGGAGUUAGUGUCGUUAUCUGAGCAAGAGCUUGUCGAUUGUGACACUAAAGAAAACCAAGGGUGUAACGGAGGGUUAAUGGACUUGGCGUUUGACUACAUAAAAAAGAUCGGAGGUCUAACUAAAGAGGAUAACUACCCUUACAUGGCCCUAGAUGGGAGGUGUAAUUCUAAAAAGGAGAAUACUCCGGUGGUGUCGAUUGAUGGACAUGAAGAUGUUCCAAAAAACAAUGAGAAAGCACUAAUGAAAGCAGUAGCCAACCAACCUGUUUCUGUUGCCAUUGAUGCUGGUGAACAAGAUUUCCAAUUCUAUUCGGAGGGAGUUUUUACCGGAAAGUGUGGAACAGAGUUGGAUCAUGGGGUGGCAGCGGUGGGAUAUGGUAUAACUCUAGAUGGAACCAAAUAUUGGAUAGUGAAGAACUCAUGGGGAGCAGAAUGGGGAGAGAAGGGAUACAUUAGGAUGCAAAGAGGAAUCUCUGAUAAGAGAGGACUUUGUGGCAUAGCAAUGGAGGCCUCUUAUCCUAUUAAGAAAUCUGCUAAUAAUCCCACGUCGUUUACUACAUCAUCCCCCAAAGAUGAACUCUAGGUUACACAUAUUCACACGCAUACACACACUAUUAGUCAACUCUAUAUUAGCAUUUUUAAAUUGAUGUCCAACAUAUCACACAUGUCUUUAUUGUUACCAAUAAAAAUAUACAUUUGAUUGAAACAUAGUUUUAUGGAGAAAGGAUUGUACUUUUUAUAGUAAUCUCAAAAUCAGGCUUGGGCCUAAUUUUGUGUGGAGUCCAUUGGCACAAGGAGCAUGUAAUUGGACAAAAUAACCUAGAACUAGAAUCAAAAAAUUGAGAAU